AUGAACGAUGAUAAGGCGCAGCUUCCGCUGCCCUCCAUGGCUCUGGGCGCCAGCGACGCUGUGAAGACGGGGGACUGGACCAUCGUCCUGGGCAACCCGCUUGGCUUGCAGAACACGUGCACCCUGGGCAUCGUGUCAUCACUUGAUCGCUCCACCGGCGAGACUGGCUUCGACUGGAUGAGACACCCCCUGAUUCAGACGGAUGCUGCCGUCAACCAAGGGAACAGUGGCGGACCUAUGCUGAACGAGAUCGGCGAGGUGAUAGGCAUGAUCUCCAUGCGAGCGCUCUUCGGUGAGGGCAUUGGGUUCGCUAUCCCGGUGGAUUCAAUCAGGACAGCUCUCCCUAGCCUCCUGAGCGGCAAAAAGGUCCCUCGGUCGUACAUCGGCGUGAAGAUGGCCAUGCGGGAGGAGUCUGGCAGGGAGCAUGCCGUGGUGGACGUUGUCCUGGACGGAAGCCCUGCUGCAGAAGCCGGUCUGAAGGUGGACGAUCAGAUUGUGGAAGUGAACAGCCGCAAGGUGCGCCACUUCGAUGAGGUGCAGCUGGCAGUGCGCUCGCUGCCCGUGGGUACCCGCAUGAAGCUGAAGGUCAGGCGCGGUGAGAAGUCUACAUCAGUUGUUGUCACCACGGCGGACAUUCGACGACUUCGGGAGGCAUCGCCAGCUUCGCCUGCGGGCCGACCACGUGUCGUCAUCCUUCCCUGA